AUGGGAGCUGGUGCGAGCACUCCGUCGCCGCCUCCCGCCGAAUCGACACCGGCAGCAACAUGUCCGGUAGAUCACAAAACCCGCGAGGUGUGGCUCCAGCAACACAAGGCCUCAGGUGGUACUCCCCAUCCAUUACCUUCAGAAGACGGACAAUCCAAAGAAAAACUACAACGACCCCUAUCGAGUGAUCGUGAAGUGAGCAGUAUUCCCAGAGCGUUCGACGCCUCUAAACCAUCGGCUCCCUCGGCUGCCGCCGCGCCUCCGUCCCCAUACUCCGCAGCGGCUGUAUCGCACGGCACACCCUCCAAUGCGGAAUCCGAAACAGGACAUGAUGAAAAGAGUGGAAACUGGAUUUAUCCGUCUGAGCGGCAAUUUUUUGAGGCUUUGAUGCGCAAAGGAAACACGCCCACUUCGACAACCUCGCCCACUGAACUAGCGACUUCCGUCGCAUCCAUUAUCCCAAUUCACAAUGCUGUCAAUGAGCGUGCCUGGCAACAGAUUCUAGAAUGGGAGAAGAAAGCUCCUCGGUCUGAUCCUGGUAGCACCAAGUGUGGAGGCCCGAAACUGUACUCAUUCCGCGGAUUGGGAGUUGACCCCCAGUUCCUGAGUCCCCGCGCUCGUAUUAAUAACUUGAUGGGUUAUCAACUGCCCUUUGACCGUCACGACUGGGUUGUAGAGAGAUGUGAUGGCGAGAGGAUUGAAUACGUGAUCGAUUUCUAUCAAGGGAAGUCAGCGGGAGCCAACGGUGGGCCGGCUGGUUUGGCUGCUAAUUCCGGGCCGGGCAAGUUAAGCUUCUACUUGGAUGUACGACCAAAGUUGAACACUUUCGAAGGCUGCCGGAUGAGAUUCAGCCGCUUCACGGGUCUGUAG